GUCCCUCUCCUGACCUGGCUCUCCACUCCGCCCUCCCUUCUGCCAACCUUCGCCCUUGUUUCCCUCAGUUCCUCCCUAGUUCAUUUCAUUUACUUGUGCUCUUCAUUUUUUUAAUCUAAUAAAAUGGUAAAAUCCUUUUUGUCUGAUGUGUAAGGUUGGGGCAGAGGCAGGGGGAUUUCUGAGUUCGAGGCCAACCUGGUCUACAGAGUGAGUUCCAGGACAGCCAGGGCUAAACAGACAAAUCCUGUCUUGGAAAAAAAAAAAAACAAAUAAAUAAAUAAAUAAACCACAAGUUCUUGCUAAUUUAUCCAGACUAAUUUCAGACUCCUGGGCUCAAGCAAGCCUCCCAUGUCAACCUUCCAAGCGCUGGGCCUAGAGGGGUAAAUCACUGUUCCUGCUCUGUCCUUUUAAGUAGCAUGUAUUUACUAAGUAGUGGGUGUCAUAAAGAUGCCUGCACUCAUGUCUAUCAUUUUUAUUACACUUACCUGGGUUAUCCAUAUUUAACUCUCUUAGUCUGUCUUAGUCAGGGUUCCUAUUCCUGCACAAACAUCAUGACCAAUAAGCAAGUUGAGGAGGAAAAGGUUUAUUCAGCUUAUACUUUCCACAUUGCUGUUAAUCACCAAAGGAAGUCAAGCAGGUCAGGGAGCAGGAGCUGAUGCAGAGGCCAUGGAGGGAUGUUACUGGCUUGCUCAGUUUGCUCUCUUACAGAACCCAAGACUACCAGCCCAGAGAUGGUCCCACCCACAAGGGGCCUUUCCCCCUUGUUCACUAAUUGAGAAAAUGCCUUACAGCUGGAUCUCAUGGAGGCAUUUCUUCAACUGAAGCUCCUUUCUCCAUGAUAACUCCAGCCUGUGUCAAAUUGACACAUAAAACCAGCCAGUACAUAGUCUCUUAAAUACCAGAACAAAAUCCUUACACUGAGUGUGUGUGUCUCUGUAUGUGUCUAUGUAUACAACCACGUGUCGGGUGGUGCACCUAUGCAGAGGCCAGGCAGGGUCAUCUGUAAUUCCACCUAUCCUUUGAGACAGGCUCUCUUUCUGAACCUGGGCUCCUGUUCUCUAGGCUAUCAGGAGCCAGCAAGCCCCCAAUGUUCCUGUGUCUGCCACCCUGUUAUGCUGUUAUGUAGGUGCGGGGACCUCACAAUUGUGCAGCAGUCUUAACCACCUGAGACCUCUCUCUCUCUCGUUUUUUCAGGACAUGGUUUCUCUAGCCCUGGCUGUCCUGGAACUUGUUCUGUAGACCAGGUUGGACCUUGAACUCAGAAAUCUGCCUGUCUCUGCCUCCCAAGUGCUACGAUUAAAGGCAUGUGCCCCCUCUCCCUUUUAAAAAAGUUAAAAAGGAAAAAAAAAUUACUACAAGGCUUUGAGCUCACCAUGAAGUUCAUGCUGCUCUCCGUCUUGUAGCAGUCCUAUCUUAGUGUCCCCUGUCAAGGGAAUUCAGGUGUGAGGCACAAUGGCUGUUACAUUGAUACAUCAUCUUCUAUUCAGUGCUUUGAGCAGAACUGGUACCCUACCGUAGGAGUCAUCUGAUUCUCCACUGGAGGACUCUGCUUGCAGGGAAAGAGGACAUGUCAUGGCUGAUACUGGCCACUAGAGGCUCUCAGGGCUGGGCAAGACUCCUCCUGCUGACCGGACAGUGUCCCAGUAGAACAGACGGACCAACUGACAAGGGGAGGUGAGAGGUGACCAUUGGGACUGGUAGGUGGGAACAAGGGGUCUUACGGGUGAGAGCCUGGUGGGAGAUGGCAGAGUGGGCCUAGGGGAAGAGAGUUGGCAUGUCUCUGCUGUGUCCUGCCGCCGAUGUUUCUGUCUUGACUCUGUAGCUGCCUUGUCAGUGCCUCACGCUCAGUAUCACCUUCCAUGUUGAGUGUGGUAUGUAUUUAGAGCUUGACUGUUUUUCCCACUGAAAGGUGGUGCAAGUUUAUCAUCCCACCUCCUCAUUUAGAAGACUUUUUUUUCUUCUUCUUCUUCUUUUACCCAGGGUUCCAGUGUCACCUUUCUGGUGACAGAUUAUGGGAACCGAAUGCCUUCUGAGGCCACACUGCCCUUCCCCCAAUCUGGAAGUGCCCCAGCUUCUAAGCCUUACUUUCCCUUCUGAUUUAGACUUUUAGCAAACACAGAAAGUGAGGUCUUGGUCCUUGACAAUGAAGGAGGGAGUGAGGGUGUCAUUAGAGGCAACCACUCUAACCCAGUCAAGCCUCCUUGCUUACCAGUUUCCAACAGGCCUGGGUAAUGGGGAAGAAAGGAGGAAUUUUCCUGGAGCUCUCUGCCUCCCCCUCCCACCUUUCAAUAGGAACUGGGCGUGGAGCCAGCUGUGCUGGCAGGGCCUCCAGCAGCUGUGUCAGGGCAAGAGACGUUGCCGGGUAAGGUUGUAGGGGAGGGUGCUACCAGGAUUUCUCCAUCGCACGGUGGGUGGAUAGACCCAGCCUGGAGACUAGAAUCCCCAUCUAGAAUGGCUAGAAAGUGCAGGGACUAGGAGGGAAACUAACAGUGAACUAUCUGAUUUUCCCAUCCCUGGCAGACUCUAGUCUCUAAGGUCAGUGUCCUAACUAUGGCUGGACUUCUUGUGCCCUCAGUGUCCACAUCCAACAACUUUUCUCAUGUCCCCCAGGCUGUGAGUGUCACACCGUGGGGAAGGGGUAGGGGCCACCAUGUCAUCCUAUCAGAAGGAACUGGAGAAAUACAGAGACAUCGACGAAGAUGAGAUCCUAAGGACCCUGAGCCCUGAAGAGCUAGAACAGCUGGACUGUGAGCUACAAGAAAUGGAUCCUGAGAACAUGCUCUUGCCAGCUGGCCUGAGACAACGUGACCAGACAAAGAAGAGUCCAACAGGGCCACUGGACAGAGAUGCCCUAUUGCAGUACCUGGAGCAACAGGCGCUAGAAGUCAAAGAGCGUGAUGACUUGGUGCCCUACACUGGCGAGAAGAAGGGAAAACCCUUUAUUCAGCCUAAGAGAGAAAUCCCAGCACAGGAACAGAUUACGCUGGAGCCUGAGCUGGAGGAAGCGCUGUCCCAUGCUACAGAUGCUGAAAUGUGUGACAUUGCAGCCAUCCUGGGCAUGUAUACACUGAUGAGCAACAAGCAAUAUUAUGAUGCCAUCUGCAGUGGAGAGAUCUGCAACACAGAAGGCAUUAGCAGUGUGGUACAGCCUGACAAGUAUAAGCCAGUACCAGAUGAACCUCCAAAUCCCACAAACAUUGAGGAGAUGCUAAAGAGGGUACGGAGUAAUGACAAAGAGCUGGAGGAGGUGAACCUCAAUAAUAUCCAGGACAUCCCAAUACCUGUGCUAAGUGACUUGUGUGAAGCAAUGAAAACCAAUACCUAUGUCCGGAGCUUCAGUCUGGUGGCCACAAAGAGUGGUGACCCAAUCGCCAAUGCGGUGGCUGACAUGUUGCGUGAGAACCGCAGUCUCCAGAGCCUGAACAUUGAGUCUAACUUCAUCAGCAGCACAGGGCUCAUGGCUGUGCUAAAGGCAGUUCGGGAAAAUGCUACUCUCACUGAGCUCCGUGUAGAUAACCAGCGCCAGUGGCCUGGUGAUGCGGUAGAGAUGGAGAUGGCCACUGUGCUAGAGCAGUGUCCGUCUAUUGUCCGCUUCGGGUACCACUUUACACAACAAGGACCACGAGCUCGGGCAGCCCACGCCAUGACCCGGAACAAUGAGCUGCGUCGUCAGCAAAAGAAGAGAUAACAUCACCCUUCCUUUUACCAACAAGAGAUGAGAGCCUGGGACGCACAGAUCCUCAUCUCUCUCUCCUUUCCUGUAAAUAAAAUCCCUUUUGUUCACGC